AUGGAUACAAAGGCAUGGAGACUGUAUAGAGAAGGAAGGUCAAUGGAGCUAGUUGACACGACUAUAUUUGAGUCGUGCUAUAUGUCCCAAAUCUUGAGGUCGAUCCAAGUCGGCUUACUAUGCGUGCAACAAAAUCCGGACGACAGGCCAACCAUGUCGAGUGUAGUUCUGAUGUUGGGAAGCGAAGGCACAUUGCCCUUGCCGAAGCAGCCAGGGUUUUUCACAGAGAGGAAUCCGGAAAAUGAAAGUGUGGUGAUACUACAUCCAGCAAGAACAACACAAGAGUCUCAACUAAUGACUUCACCAUCACUAUAA